AUGGUAGGAAGUGUAGAGGAUCCAGAGCGACUCCGGAACGCAGAGGACCUGAGAGAAGAUCUAGCCACCAUUUCAAGAGCAAAAGACCCAGAAUGUCACCCGACGUCAAGUCCGGAGCGUUUCGCCUCAGGAACGAACUACGUUUCAGAGUUCGACUCGGAGGAUGUACUAGAGGAUGUUCUCGAGAGCGUAUUGGAUGAUUUCUUAAGCCCCGUGGAUGCUGCCCCGGACCUCUCAGAUACUCGUGUCCAAAGACUGGAACGAGAAUACGAGCGUGUCAUGCGAGUGACAGUGGAAGAGUUAGACAUGGAACCAGCUGUAUAUCUGCGUGAAGGAACAGAGCUCUUAGCUCAGUUGAGUGACCACCUGACCAUGUUUCCAGAGUUGGAAGAGUUGAGUCCGGAAUGCGACAUCGCCAAAGCCGACGUUGGCGUUCCAGGUGUCCCGGCCCCAGAGAUGGAAGACAAGAUACGGAAGAUCUUGAAUUAUCAUCGUCGUAUCUUUCUAGGCGAUGCGAUGCCCAUAGCACUGCGUGCUCGACAAAUCGCUUCCAGAUAUCUGGUGAAAGUUUACGAGCUGCUGAAGAAGCUCCUAGAGACUGGACUCAUUGAACACUCUGAAUCGGAGUGGUUAUCCCCGAUCGUGAUCGUCUUGAAGAAGAAUGGAUAG